GUUCUAGCGCGCUGAACAUUGGGCUGGCUGAUGCAUGCCGUCUGGAUAUGUGACAGAUCCAUGGCUGGGCACCUGCCGCUCGGGAGACGUCCUCCGUGCACGCCCACCGGGCCCGGCUCCUACCCUACGUCCAGUGCCACAGGCUGAGGGGGAUGGGAGAGAGAAAAAAAAAGUGCACGCGCUCUGUACGCCUUCAUUCAUUUAAGCGGCAGGUCUUUUUGUAUGGUAUUAUAAAUUGAUUUGGGACGAGGACGGGAUCUCAGAAGACAUCUGGCAGCAGGACCACUGACGUCCCGCCGUGCGCUCGGUUACAUUACAGCACUUCGAGCUCGCGGCGGCGUGGGGUCCAGGGUCAAUUUGUACAUAGGCCUUUUUUUUUUUUGCUUUGUAGAUUUCCUUUUUGUUUAACCUUGACAUAUGAAUAUAUAUUAUAUAUAUAUUACCUUAACCAUUGUGUUUUUGGUUCUUUGUAAUCAAAUUACUUUUUAAAAACUUAAAGGAGGCCACAAAGAAAGUCGAAUGACGUGUUUUUUUGUUCAUUCAUUUUUUGUUUUAAUUUUACUGCUGGUUGGGUUGCUAGCGUGUGUCUUUGUACAUAACCUCAAGGUCCACAUUUAGCCAAACUAAAGGACACGAAUCAUUUGUACAGCGGAGGAAUGUCGUGGUUUUAGCUCUAAUUUUGUUAAUCCUCUUUGAUUUCUCAACUUUCUCCUUUGAGCGUCCUUCACAGACCACUGCGACAGGGGGGCGUGAGGAAAGGCUGGGCCGUCGAGGGGAGAGGAGGGCAGGGUCCACAGGAGAGCGCUCACUGACACAUUAAGCCUGUCGGUGUUCUGUGCACUUUGGAGACGGCACGUGUCGAUUGGUCGACAUAAAUCAGGAAGGGGAGGGACGGAGGGUUUCCAUUCGCCAGUACUUUAACAUCAGUCAAACUUGAUCCCCUUGGUUUAUUUUCACUUUCAGGCUUUUUUUGCGGGUUUAUAAUUCCAGUACAAAUGCGAAUGUAAAGCAUUGUGGGUAGCACUGGACUCCGGGCAUGUUGAAUUGUAGAGUAUAGCAAAACAUGGUGUCAAGCUGGGCGUUGGGUUUGCAGUGAGUGAUCUUGGCAUAGUCUAAAGUCUAAUCAGAUUGUUGUAUUUGAGCUGAGGACUGGAGCAUACUUGCACAUCUCCACUUCUAUUCAGGCAAAUUCUCUACCAUCUUAUUGUUAAGAACAAACCGCAGCACUCAGAUAUUUGCCCAUACCUCCAUGCACAUCGAUUUGAUCUUCCGUGAUCUUGCAUGACCCUCCAUUGGCUGUGCAUGAUGCUGUACAAAAAAUGUUGUACUGGAAUUGUGUUUUGCCCCAAAUAUUGAACAACAAAUGAAAUGUUGAAUGAAACGCUUAAGUAUGGCUGUGCGCUGGAUUUUACUCAAAUUUCAGAAUAGAGUGUGGGUUGCUUUCUCAACUGUCAAAAGGCAUGGGCCCUACAAUCCAAACAAUUGAAAUAAAAACAUUUGGAAUAAAAUAUGGAAUAUGUGUGAACAUCUUAUGCCUGGCCUGCCCAAGGACCAUUCAAGAUCGAUGGUUCGGUUCUUUGAAAUACGGUUUGUGUGAACGUUUAGUAAGUAGGCUUAUGCUUUCCCAUGUUCUAUCUUGCACCCUGCAUCAGUGAGGGUGCAUGGUUACAUGGGACGCGUCAACGCACUGGCCCUUUAAGGGCGGAUCAAAAACCUAAGAAGGCCAACUUCCGGCAGUCAGAGACACAACAGACACACCGUAGCGACAGUAUCAGUCACAGCACAGAGGUUGCUACCAGGGAGGAUCGAGGGAGGCCCUUCGACGAGGGCAUCAGCAGCAGACCUAACUUCGUUACACAGCGACCCAAACAUGGUGAAAAUUACCUUCCAGUCGGUCGCGGGGCAGAAGGGCGAAAAGGACAACGAUGGCGACAAGACCGAAAUCCUCAUUCCUCACCCGAUGGAUGAUGACGACGAGCUGGUCCUGCCUCUGCGUCCCAGGAAGUCCCCCCUGAACGGACUAUGCUGCCUGACCUUUGGGCUGGUGGUCUUCAUGUCCGGCCUUGUGCUGGCCUCCAUCUAUGUCUACCGCUACUACUUCAUACCUCAUAUGCCAGAGGAGAACCUGUUCCACUGCAGGGUUCUGUACGAGGACUCGGCCUACGCCCCGCUGCUGGGCCGCCAGGAGCUGGAGGAGAACGUGGGCAUCUACCUAGACGACAACUACGAGCAGAUCACUGUGCCCGUGCCCCACUUCGGCGGGAGCGACGCCGCUGACAUCAUCCACGACUUCCACAGGGGGCUGACUGCCUAUCACGAUAUUGCGCUGGAGAAGUGCUACGUCAUUGAGCUGAACACCACCAUCGUGAUGCCCCCACGCAACCUCUGGGAGCUUCUCAUUAACGUCAAGAAGGGGACCUACCUGCCCCAGACCUACAUCAUCCACGAAGAGAUGGUGGUGACGGGCAAGGUGCACAACAUGCGCCAGCUGGGCCCCUACAUCUACCGCCUCUGCAACGGCCGCGAAACCUACCGCCUGAAGCGCCGCUCCAUGCGCAGACGUAUCGACAAGCGUGAGGCCAAGGACUGCCACCACAUUCGUCACUUUGAGAACACGUUUGUUGUGGAGACCGUCAUUUGUGACGACGCAUAAACACACACACACACACACACACACACACACACACACACACACACACACACACACUGUAGCACCCUUUCAUUUGAUUAACUGGGUAUGGUUUUUACUAAGGCGUUCCUUGGAUAAUGACACUCUACUUGUUUUGAUAAAUGUGUAGGUCUUCUACACCUGCUGCAAUGCCACACUCACAGUUCCAUCACUAUAUAUGUAGCAAUUUUCAACUUUGCAAAUAAGAGGAAACGGUGUGACCAUUGAUGCUUCAGACUUCUCUGUGGGGAAUGCGUAGGGUGGUGACGGUAGUCAUGGGAGAUUACUGUUUCUAUGCGUCGUCAUUGCGACCCACUCUCCUUGCCCUGGAGACUAGGCUUGUCUCUUGGAGUUCGACAAUGGGGAAAGGAGCAGUGCGAGGCACGAUAGUUUGACCCCAUGGGAUGAAUGAUGCAGGCGUUCACAUUACUGUUGGUUACCAGCAGGUAGAGAAAAACACAGCUUGCGUUAGUUUUUCCGCCCUACACCCACUUAUUUCCGGUUAACCCUUGCAUGCUUUCUGUUUCACUUAAGCUUCUCGCUGUAACUGAUGUGAUGAAAUCGUGUAGUUUUAGUAAGACAGGCGUAGAUAACAUCGAUCAUGAGCUCUUCUAACAGUUUAACCAAAAAAAAGUCUCACAAAAGUAACCCUGUUUUGUUUAUUGUUGCAUUAUAUCGCAAUAAGCUCACCUCAGCUUCAUUACCAUCCUUAAAACAUUUUUAGGAGCUUUGUUUUGCACUUUGAAUCGAUAAAGUUGUCUAUCCCACUUGCUGUCUUUAUUUAGUAUUGCAUGAGUUUAUGAAUUAGAGGAAAGGGAGAAAAAAGUGGCACUGUUAGAAUUCUUUGUAGAACAAGGUUUGAAGCCUUGGUCCAGAGUCAGAGACUGGACUUAAGUCAUUACAACACCGAAAGGGAACAUAUAAAUGUUUUAACCACUAAACUUUUGAUCUGUAUAUUUUGUUCACCUUUCUCUGGGAUUAAAGUAAAUAAAAAAACAAACUGAAUUAGUUGUGGAAAUCUAUACACCCAUUUAUUUAAACACAAACAAAUGUAGAAUAAUACAUUAUAAUAUUUUGAAUUAAUAUUUCAGCACCCCCGGUUUCCAUCUAGUCUACCUUUUACUUUACUUCACUUUAUUAUGGAUCCCCAUUAGCAAUUGCCUCAACAGCAUGGCUAUUCUUCCUGGGGUCCUUCACAACCAAAAACACACAACAUCAUACACAACAACACUACAGAUACACACAUGCAUAGACAAUAGUUCACUUACAAAAACUCAGAAGAAUUUCCGAAAUUACAAGUUUACAGUAUUAUGAAUUGCAUAAUCAAGAGGGAGAAAAGGGUUAAACAUACCCAUUACAAUGACUGUUCAUUUGUGUACAUAAAUGUACUAAUAGUACCAAAAAAACACCUCUGUGUGCCAUGUCAUCAGGCUUAUCAUCGACUUCCAUCACACCUGUUAAUCCCACACUGGGUGGUUGGAGGGCUGAUGGCACUGAUUGCAUAUAUGAAGUCCACAUGAGGCUACUAACAACCCAUGCACAGUCACUGAUGGGGAAUCGAUCCGUGAGGUCAGCCAUAGCUUAACUCAAAAGCUUGAGUCCAUCUGGCUCUGUUUAUAUCUGGAGAUUGUAAUACUCAUACAAAAUUAAUAUGUGAUUAUUAAAGAAAGGAAAGGGCUCAUCUUAUUACAUUAAAUUUAGAGGCCUUAAAAGAUGAAGCACAGAAUAGUUAGCCUUUUCUCGACUUGAGUUUUGAUUUUGUUUUACAUUGAUAAAAUAUACUACAAAAUGGCAUUA